AGGAAAAAGACACAAAAAGGAAAUCUUAAGUCAGAAGAUCGGCUUCUUCCCCUGGGUUCCGAAGCAGAGCUGGAGGAGGCCUUUUCUAUUUGGGGGAUGAACCCUUUCUUGGGGGGGAAGGAGCCAUUUUUGGAUCCCAUCAUCACAAUUCACCUUCUGGUUUCCACCUAUCAUGCACCUCAUUACCACAGCCAAAUGAAAACUCUGUGAUUCCCUUGACCUUCAACACCAACCAUUAUCUUGCAUCAAUUGUCCAGCUACGUUUCAUCCCUGGUAACCUAGAGAAAGCACAAUGUCUGAGAGCUAAAAAAAAAAAGAGGCUUCACAAAGGGGAAGAGGAGGAUACAGGAAGGAGGAUCAUCCAUUUCAAGGAACAAGAGACAUUAUUCACAAAGGGGAGAGGGGUACAAGGAACUACAGGGGAAAACGUAAAAGGCUAAUGAAAUGGGCCCAAGAGAGGAAGAAAAGGGUUUUUCUGAUCCAAGCCCAAUUAUAAGGGGUGCACAUGGAAGAUUGGGGUGUAAGAAAGGAAAUGGACGCAAGGCCCAAAGCCUUGGCUUUCUUCAAUUGUUGUGGCGGGCCAAGCGCUUUCCUUCUCUUUGCCGGUCCAACACCUUUCUCAUUCUGGAGAAACAUUUCUUCUCACUCUCAGAUCAGCCAAGGACAUUUUCUCAAGAAGUCAUUUCUUCAUCUCCGGCGGCUAGGUUCAGAUGUGGUGGUGAUGGUCAACAUGGUGGCGAGCGACGACGGUUCGCGGUGAGGAGAGAAGACGAUGGAGGUUGGCGCGGUGCCAACGGCAGGAGUUUCGUCAAUGCGGUUGUGGCGAGGAAGCCGGCAGCGACGGCGCGACGCAGCAGCGAAGUUGAAGAUGGUGGCGGCUUUAGAGUGGUGAUGACAGCGGCGGUUCGGCGCAAAGGUGGCUGGUGCCGCGAGCGGCGAGGCUGAUGGUUCGACGGUGGGGGAUUGCGGACGAUGAGGGAUUUGGGCUCCCCGUUCUCAUCUGGAAUGAAACAGGCACAGUGGUUGGGUUCAGAGUUGUUGCCACUGUUGGAUUAGCCGAACUGAAAAAUGAUCAUAGAAUUCACGGCGGCUUGGCUAUCUCUGGUUUUGUGAUUUUCUCCUUGCAGAUUUAGAUGGAACAAUGAAGGAAAGGCAACUUAUGUGAAGAUGGCAGGGUGUGGAUGGAGGUUCAGACGAUAGAUAACGAUGGCACAAUGAAGGAGAAGAUGGUGUUGCAAUGGUGAUCCGGGUGGUUGAGAUUAGAUUUCCUUGCUUGCAGACAAAUGGAAUCGGGUUGAGUGAGAUGAGUUGGGCGUUGGAGGCGGGAGUAGCGAUGAUUGAAGGUUGGGGGGAAAAACGAUGUUGGUGAAGACUCACGGUGGCUGUGAUGGUGGCAGGGAGUGGUUUGGAUGGAAGGCUUCCGAGGAAGAUGAUGAACGAAUAUAUGCAGCUCGUGAUCUGGGUUCGGUUUGAUGAGUGAGGUUGUAUUUCUUAUUGGCUUGUUUGCUUGCAGGAAAGGAAUGGCUUUGAAAUCGGAUGAAGAGUGUAAGCUUCUUGCUUGGCAGAGGGUAGGAGUCGGUGAAAUAUUGAGUUCAGACACUCUUGGUAUUGAAAGGAGUUUGGCACGAGCUUGAUUUGAUUGUGUAUGUUGGACAGGACAUGGAACUUGCUGGAUUCCGUGAAGAAUGCUGGGGAAGGGUCAGAGGGAUUAAUGUGGCUUUUGCGGGCGAGAAAGGUAAGGAGAAAGAAGGUUAAUGGUUAUCACCACUUGCUUUCUCUACGAUCUCGUUCCUCUUUUACCCUUUUCUUUAUUUUUUUCAUUCCUAUUUUACUCUUAUUAAAAUUUUAGGGUUAAUAUUAUUUAAAAUCUCUUUA